GGCUCGAUCUCAGCCCCCCUCUCUGCAUGGCUUGCAGGUGGCCAUCAAACGCGUGGCCCGGGAGAGCGUCCUGCAGUGGGUGGAGCUGCCCGACGGCACCCGUGUUCCCAUGGAGAUCGUGCUCAUGGAGAAGGUGCGCUCCGGCUGCUACAACAUCAUCCAGCUCCUCGACUGGUUCGAGCAGCCUGACGGCUUUGCGCUGGUGAUGGAGCGUCCGGAGCAGUGGCAGGAUCUCCUGGAAUUCCUGCUGGAGCGGGACGUCCUGUGCGAGGAGAUGGCGCGCUGGAUUUUCUGCCAGGUGCUGGAGGCCGUGCGGCACUGCACCGCCUGCGGCGUCCUGCACCGGGACAUCAAGCUGGAGAACCUCCUGGUGGAGCCGGAGAGUGGCGACGUGAAGCUCAUCGACUUUGGUUGCGGCACCUUCCUCCAGGAGCAGGCCUACACGCAAUUUGCCGGAACACGCCUGUACAGCCCACCCGAGUGGAUCUGCCUUGGCUACUACCACGGCCAUGCAGCCACCGUCUGGUCCCUGGGCGUGCUGCUGUACGUCAUGGUGUGCGGGAGCCUCCCCUUCCAGGAGGACCGUGACAUUGUGUGGCAGCAGCUCUUCUUCACGCGGCAGCUCUCUCCAGAGUGCCAUCAUCUCAUCUGCUGGUGCUUGUCCAAGCACCCUGCGCAAAGGCCACAGCUGGAGCAGAUCUUGCUGCACCCUUGGGUGUGCGGCAAGCGUUUUGGAUGCCUUGCCUGAGCCCCUGCAGCACCCAG